AUGAAGGUCUCCUUCUUUCUCUGCAUCCUCUUGGCUUUCAUAGAUGCAGGGAGCUCUCUUCAAUGUGAGGUUUGCCAUGAAAUAGGGGAGAACUGUUCCGGCCCCAUGGAAACCUGCGAUACUGGCAAAGAUACCUGUGGCAUCAUAAAGCAUGAAGCUGUACAAGAGUCAAAGAGGAUUGUGAUAACCCAAAAGUCCUGCCUGCACUCCAACAGUUGCCGAGCAGAUCCCAUUAGUAUGAACUUUGGGAAUGGAAUAACACAAAGGAGCGGAAUCACCUGCUGUGUGGGAGAAGCUUGUAAAACAGCGUCUGACCCAUUGCCACCGAUGAACACCGUGCCCAAUGGCCUGCAGUGCCCAGCAUGCUACGCUGAGAAUUCUUACCAGUGUAGUGAAGACACUGUGCGUUGUACCGGAGCCCAGACCCAGUGUUUAGAUAUAGCUGGGAAAAUAACCAUCGGUAUACUCCCCCUAAAAACUGCAAGGAAGGGCUGCACCACCGAGUCUGAGUGCACUGCUCCAAAAGGGGAGAAAGGGUUCGAUGUGGACAUUGUGAGGUUUGAGUGCAAACCAGCCUCCAGCAGAGGCCACAAGGCUCUUGGAUUUGCCCCUCGAGUCGCCCUCCUCCUUCCAGCCCUGUCAGGACUUAUCUUGGUGCUGCUGCUUUCUUGA